GUUAAGAAAUUUGUAUUUUUUUCUGUUUAUUGUUUAGUUGAUACUUAUAAGGCAGUAGUUUAACACUUUAACUCUUACAGUUUAAAGGUUACAGUUCUUCGAGAUUUGUUGCAGUUAAGAGUAAAACUAAAAUGUAUCUACAAGUGGUUAUUGCGUUGAUGGUCCUCCUGUCUGGAGUACUCGGAGGAGUGUAUCACCCUUACUAUCAUCAUCACCAUCACCACGACCAUCACAAACACCAUCCUCAUCCUUAUCAUCAUCACCACCACCACCACAAGGGUUACCCUUAUUACGACCACCAUCAUCACCACCACAACGGGUAUCCUCACUAUUAUGAUCAUCACCACCAUAAACACCUGCAUUAUAACCCUUAUGGGAAAUACUAUUACUAUCAUCAUUAAGAAGUAUAGUUUGAGUUUUAACAUAAAAGAUUUAAGCAAUUAUAACGAAUAAAAUGUAUUGUGUGUGGUUA